AUGACAUUCAAACUCCUUGGUGUACUUGAACAGCGAAUGUUUGAACUCUCAUUGGCCGCAGGUGCUGCAGAGAAUGAACAAUGGGGAAAAGACGCUGGCACGCACCAAGACCAAUGGAACCCAUAUGAGGGUCUCCCUGAGCACUGGAAUCAUGGUGGUUGA